GGGCUAGAUGGGAUACAGCCGGUGGAUACAGAUUAUGUCAAAGUGACGACUAAAGUUAGCAUAUUCGAGUUGUGUCUGGGGUCAUUCUUGCAGUUUAGCUAACGCCAAGCCCCUUCCUAACCAUCCCAACCUGCUAGUUUCAGUAGCCUGAACGUCAGCGUAAGUUAUCCUAAACCUGCUACGAAAAGUCCCGUCUUACCGUAGCUGUAUACCAUCUAGUCAAACCCUAAAAGAGGAGGAAGAGGAAGAAAGACCUGGCUCCUGCGUCGUCGUUGACUGCAGCCUUGCGUGACAACACCAGACCGGAUUCGUGAUUCGAGUAUUGCCCUUUUUUCCUCGACACUUCUCUAUUACCGAACGGGACAAUCUUCCAAUUGCACAUCUAAUCGAGCCGUCGAGCGAUGUGAAGUUAUCUGUUUUGUGUUCUGAGGUGGAUUAAGUUACGGAAAUUUUUCUAAUGGAGGCUUGCUGAGCAAAAUGGCUGGGCGCACUGAAAUGUGAAACAUUGUAAGGUUAGCUAGCUAGCUGUAGCAGCCGAAGCAACUGGCACGCUAAGGGCGUUUAAUAAUCCCUUUCUCGCAGAAACACCCCGUUUAUUUCACCUCUGGAUGCAGAACGCCACUGUAGCGAUGUGUUAGGACCUGCGUUUUCUUGCGGAUAUAUGCAUUUAUCGACACUCCUUCGUCGUGUUUUUUUCCCCCAUCGGAUUUCUGCUUGACUGACUUGGCAUUGUGACCGCAUUCUGUUGUUGUCUCGUCGGUCAGCUGUGGAUUCUCACCGCUGAUCUCAACACAAGUCAGGAGUUCGCGAUUUUUCGUAACUUAAUUUUUCUUCCCGAACCCGACUGCGGCCAUUAGAUGCCGUGUGCUAACUAAUCUACGUUAAUUAGCAACAUUACGACUCACAUUUUUUUGUAAAUUUUAUUUAACAAUAUAAUUACACUAAAUUACUGUUAAAUCAUCUGACUUUUUAUAUUGCAUUUGGACGCUUCGAACAUUUUCCGCAGUUAAAUACCCCCCCCCCCCCACUCCCCAAAUAAACACUGCAGUCAUGGGUGAAUUCCUGAAAUACAUUGACUAUGACCACAAGACCAGCUUCAUGAAGAUGCUGAACCAGCAGAGGAUGGAAGGGGACCACUGUGAUGUUGUGGUUGUGGUGGAAAACGUGGAGUUCCGAGCCCACCGCUGCGUUCUGGCUGCCUGCAGCAUCUACUUCAAGAAGCUGUUCAAGAAGCAGAGCGACGUGGACAACUCCAUCGUGGAGCUCGACUUCAUCCGCUCCGACAUCUUCGAGGAGGUCCUCAACUACAUGUACACCGCCAGGUUGGCCGUCCGCAAAAAGGACAUCAACCUCAUGAUGUCGUCCGGCCAGGUCCUGGGCAUCGCCUUCCUCGACAACCUGUGUUCACAGAAACGGGAGCCCAACCUGAAGCCGAGUCGCGAGAACCAGGCCCCCGGGGACGGAAUGCGGGCCCAGGACGCCAUCCUGAAAGAGCUGGCCAUGGAGGAGGUGAGGAAGAACAGUUUCUACGACGGCGGAAUGGAGGCCAUGGGCUCCGGAGGUCCUCACGGUGUCCCUCCUCACUUCGGGGGUAACAUGUCCAAAGAUCCUCACAGUGCCCACGGCUGGACCUCCACCAGCUCCUCCUCCAGCGACAUGAAGCUGGACUACCUGCUCUACGGCCACCGCUCCGACGGCAUCCACCCAGCGGGCAUGAAGCCGGGGACGGACGGCCCGAAGAAGGACAAGUCCCACCUGGCGCACCGGCCCUUCGCCUGCGAAGUGUGCCCCAAGACCUUCACCACCCAGGCCCACCUGAAGGAGCACCUGAAGAUCCACACGGGCUUCAAGCCGCACCGCUGCCUUGUCUGCGGCAAGGCCUUCAUCCGCGGGCCCGACCUGAAGCGCCACGAGAGGGUCCACAGCAACGAGAGGCCCUUUGGCUGCCAGAUGUGUGAAAAGGCCUUCAAGCACAAGUCCCACCUGCGGGACCACGAGCGCCAGCACCGCGGCGAGAGACCCUUCAACUGCGGCUCCUGCGACAAGGCCUUCAUCAAGGCGUCGGACCUGAAGCGCCACUGGAACACGAUGCACAGCCAGCGCAGAACGCUGUCGCCCGCGGCCGCCGUCGCCACGGGCAGCAUCCCAGGGGACACGGACACGCAGGGUCAGAGGGACUGGAAACUGGAGGCCGGGCCGCAUUCGUAAGGAAGGACUGUCUCACACACACACACACACACACGCGCACACACACAUUCAUAGACCGACACGCACACACACAUUCAUACACAGGGUCCGGUGAUGAGUGGCGGUGUUCUAUCAGCCGGACCUUGAGGAGAGCUGGAGGGAUCAUAUCUGCUGCUGUAAUGUGGCAGUGGGCAGUACUAUGAUCUCCCUGAAUUGUCUUUGGUUGAGAUAUGUAUGUUUUCUUUCCUCCACUUAAUGUAAAAAUCAUGUACAUGUUUAGUUCACUACUACUACUACUGCAACGAGUAUAUUUUUCACACGCAAAACAUUUGUGGCUAUUUAGAAGAGACGGGGUCCUUUAUAAUUAUAAUUAUAUCUUUAUUUCUCUUUUACUUUAUUGAAUAUCUGUUACAAUGAACUGUUUUAUUUUGUUUAACCUUACUGGAUUUUAAGACAAAAAAAAAAAAGAUCUGAUUAUCUGCAUUACGUUUGUUGCGUUUGCGUAUAUUCUCCAUGUGGAUGUUUUAAAUGGAUGUUUAGUUGUACUGAUUGAUAUUACACUGUCAUAUGAAAUGAGUCUGCAUUCUGCAGUUGACACAGGUCAUACCAAAGCCUUGGGCCUUUGAAUGACAUCAAAAUUUAGGCUGAUUCCAGAGAUGAACAAACUGACAGAUUUUCGUCUUCCUCGUUGGAAGGACGAUGGAGGAAGUCGGAAUUUGGAUUUAGAACCAGAAUUUUCAGUUGUUCCGGAACUGACAUGGGCGUGAGUUUUGGCCUUUGAUUGACAAGCAGCGUGGAAGGGGUUGUUCAUUGCGUGUUCAGUCCAGGAAGCACGAAUCUCGGACCAGAUGAACUGUUAUACAGUAUCAGUAGUCUACCAUUGGCGAGAGCUACCACGUCUGUAUAUACUGUAGCUUGACUAGUCGCACAGGCAAGUACUUAAAACACAGUAACCAUAUAUGCACCUAUAACAUUGUUCUCUUACACUUUCAAAAUAAACCCGCAUUUGAUGAGUUGAUUUUUCUGAUUGUCAAGAUCUGAUUUCUUCUAGUUUUGUAAAUGGUUUGUAAGGAAGCCGUUGCUUUGUAUUGGUAACAGCAGAACCUGAGCUCAGUUCAAUUUUACCAUCUUGUGUAUAUAAAUAUAACACUGUGUACAUAUAAAUACACUGUAUUUACACUAUAAAUAUUUAGCUUUCCUAUAUAUUUGUUUGCCGUGUCUAAAGCAACAAGGACAUCAUUCACUUGUAAAACUCAUAUAAAGUACAGUUACAGUAAUUCCAGAAGGCGUUAUCCACCGUAAUGUUUAUUUUGAUGGUUCCGGGCAUUAUCUUGUCAAGGAGAUGCAGCUUGCGUAUGGCUUUCUAUUCCCUUUGGCCUGCUCUUUAAACUCUUAUGCACUUUAACUGCUUCAACCUCCUUUCAUCGAUAUGUUGUGUUUACUGUGAAUGCUGUUUUCCUGGCCAGGGUUCACUUGAUAAAGAGCUGCAGCUCUCUAUGGUUAAAUAAAGGAGAAAUGAAAAA